GCUCGGAGCGAGCUUCCCGCUUAUAUCCGCAGCGACAGGGCUGACGAGAGCCGGGGCUGGCGCCUGCUGCCGCGGCUCGGUCGCACCGCGGCUCGGUCGCACCGUGGUUCGCCGACGGCUCGUUAGCCCGAAGGCUAGCACAGUUUGCGGAAGUGUGCUGCGGGUCGGGACGGUUGCUCGGGGACCAGGCUCUUGUCGGUUCGGUUGCUUACGACCUUACGGACCGUUGUCGUGGUCCUGUUGUGUUUUGGAGCAGCAGCAGCAGCAGCAGCCGCGAGUCAGCUGACGGACUUGCUGUUAGCUUAGCACGUAGCUCCAGCUGGUGAAGCGAGCUGGUUUCUAUUGACGUCAUCAAAGCUGUGUCUGCUGUGCAUGUUGACCUUUGCCCCCGGGUCAACAAUCUGAGAGCACCAGAGUGCAGGCCCGCUGAGACCCGCGUCCUGCUCCAGUGUCGCGGAGUUGCCCCCCACCUGCAGCCGAGAGUGGAGCCAGUCCGAGUCCCUCUGCCGUGAUCCUCUGGGCCCAGCGAGUGGACGCUGUGGAGAGAGUUGCCCCUCAGCUCCGAGGAGACGAGCGCUUCAUCUGCUGCCCAUAUCCGCUUCAGGACGGUCCGGCGACCCGGCUCACUGGCCUGCUGGACACAGGGCUUUGACUCGUGGGACUCUGUGAGGUCAACACCAACCCAGUGGAGUUUGCUUUAAGACUGGAUUCCCCCCGGAGGUUGGGUUCUGUUGAGGGCGCGCUGCAGGGCCAGUGUACGAGUCCACUGCCACCACAUAAGUCGUCUCAUCGGCGUUUGAGGUGACAACUGAGCCUUGGUUGACUUGGUCACUCUCAACCAGCAGUCCUGGACAUGCCGCCCCCAGCUGGCCGGAGUGGGUACUGACUUGUGUGAAGUGGCACAGCGGGGGGUGGGGGGGGUCAGACGCCAGUCGCUGUGUGGAAGUGUGUGCGCACGUGAACAGAAACCAGUCUGCGUUGUGUCCCUCAACACCUGAGAGAUGUGACAGAGACGGAUCCAGAGGAGCUGCCACUCAAGACUUUGUGGACCUGAGCCCAUCAUGCACCUGAAGCCGUGUCAGAGUCUGGUGCGCCCUGCUGGAGUCCAGCCGUCGGUGCAGCGCAGCGCCGCGUACGCGAGCCAGCCGGGGGCGCUGGUGAGGACCUGCAGCCGUAGCUAUGGCAGCACGCUCGGCGGCCACGCCGACUGCAGGACCAGUCUGUUCCGAGAUGACGAAGCGCUGCUGGACCUCUGGACCGUCAUCAAGCCUGGACACGUGCGGGAGAAGAUCGCCAUCUUCGCAGCGGACGUCGCCGGCGGACUGGAUCCGUUCUCGGACCGCGUCUCUGCGCCGCGUGCCACCAAAGCCAAAGGACGCUGGGAGCAAGCCAUCAACGCCAAGAGGCGCCGGAGGUCUGGCCUCCAGGACCCUCAGCCGCCGGCGUGGGGGCGGGGCCUCGCCGAGACGGCAGAGGACAAGGUGUCGGUGGGCAAGAUGGUGGCGUUUCUGGAGCGGCAAGUCAGCCAGCAGCAGACUGGAACCAAAGUCGUGCUCACCGUCCAGAAGAACGAGUGCAGGGACAGGUCCGAGGUCAAGGGGGAGGAGCCUGCCAGCGUCAGCGUGUCCAACAUGGUGGCCAGGCUGGAGUCUGAGUGUCUGCGGCGGCGCUCCACGGGAGACCUGUCCAGGAGCAACAGCCUGAGGAGGAGCGUGGGCCGGGUCCUGCUGGCCGUGGUGGACCAGGCCGCGACCCCCCCGACCCCAGACGCAUCCGCGGCCCGGCCCAGUACCGAGGCGGAGGAGCCGCCUCCCGGUCUGCUCUUCCUGCCGCCGGCCGGCCCGCCCCGCCUCUCGUGCAGCCAAUCGGAGCGCAGGGCUGAGACCCAGCAGGGCGGCGCGCGACUGCUGCUGCGGCGGGUGUCGGCGUCGCAGGACUUCCUGGACAAGCGUCAGCGGCUGCAGCGGCUCCUGGAGCCGCAGCCCUUCCUCAGCGUGCUGCCGCUGCACCUGCUGGUCCAGAUCUUCCAGCUGCUGCCCACCCAGAGCCUGGCGGCGCUGCAGUGCACGUGUCACUACUUCAAGUUCGUCAUCCAGACCUACGGCAUCCGGCCGGCCGACUCGCUGUGGGUGUCGGACCCCCGUUACCGUGACGACCCUUGCAAGCAGUGCAAGAAGCGCUACGGCCGCGGCGACGUGUCGCUGUGCCGCUGGCACCACAAGCCCUACUGCCAGGCGCUGCCCUACGGACCCGGCUACUGGAUGUGCUGCCACGAGGUGCGGCGCGAGGCGCCCGGCUGCAACGUGGGUCUCCACGACAACCGCUGGGUCCCCGCCUUCCACAGCAUCACCGUGCCCAUCUACCGCCGCCUCGCCCGGCCCUAGCGUUCCCGUGGUAACGGACCGCAUCGAGCUGGUUUGGAGAGCCGUAACCUGAGCUCGGAUGACGCCAUCCUUCCAGAUGACGCGUCGGUCGGCAGUCACCACGGCAACAUGCACCUUGUUUACCAUUGCACAUAUGAGUGGCGGCGAGAUAAUCAUGAGGGGAAACUGCAAUAAUCACAGGGGAAAAAAAGUGAUUUUUUUUUUUUUUUUUUAAGCUCGUUUCUGACAAGAGUUGAAUAAAGUUUUCUUUGUUGCUUUGGAUAAAAAACAAGACGCUUUCCUUUUCAAUAAAAGCGUUUGAAAAACGGAACCUGACUGCAGUGGCGGCGCGGCGCUCAGGACGGCGCGGCCCCGCUGACCUGCGACAGUUUCUCCAGCAGCUGGAAGUAGUUGUACUUGAUGUCGAAGUCCAUGUCGUACCAGAAGUUGACUGGCGAUGAGAGAGAGUUGAGCGCGGCGCGUGGUGUGGGCGUCGCCCGCUGCUCACCUGCCAUGCAGCCGUGGCUCUGCUGGACGUGGUGGAACCACAGCGACGGGAGGUACAGCAUCUCGCCAGCCUUCACGCUGCAGCGCAGCGGCCGCGCCCGUCUGUAGGAGGGGAAGCGCUCCAGGUCUGGCUCCAGCGGGUCCAGCGGGAUCCAGGGCACCUGACGCGGGAGGCGGGGUCAAGACACCUGAGGAGGAGCGAGGCGCCUGGACGCACCUUCUGGGAGCCGCUCUGAUCCACGAUCUCAAAUUCACCGUCGUCGCGCUGGUGAUACACCGCCGGCUGAUACACCCCUGCCGGCGCACGUUGCUAUGGUGACCCUGGACGGUUGCUAUGGUAAGAGUGGUCUGUUGCCGCGGCUACCGUAGGGGAUGAAGGGGCGGUCGGUGGGCGGCAGCAGGAUGAAGUGCUUCUCUCCGGAGACCACGCAGUACAGGUUCUCGUAGUGGUCCUUGUGCACUGGAACCAGAGGGAGUCAGCGGGUUCCUCAGAGGCGCCGCGGCCGCCAGACUUACUGGACGUGACGGCGCGCGAGUCCCCCAGCCAGAAGUUGACAGCAUCCGGUGCCCUUCCUGCCAUGAGCACAGUCAGAGCAGGGAGCCUUCUGCACGUGCUCAGAGGGACUCACCCAGCGCCGAGCUCAUCCA